AUGAAAAUGUUCCCGCAGAUUCUGGUUAACGUACGUUACACCGCAGGUAGCGGCGAUCCACUUGAGCAUGAGUCAGUUAAAGCCGUGACCGCAGAGGUUGAAGCUGCGCUGGGCAACCGUGGACGCGUGUUGCUGCGUAAAUCCGGCACCGAACCGUUAAUUCGCGUGAUGGUGGAAGGCGAAGACGAAGCGCAGGUGACUGAAUUUGCACACCGCAUCGCCGAUGCAGUAAAAGCCGUUUAA